CCCUUGGCUGCACAGGGCUCGUAUUCCAGCCGGCUGGCGGCAGAAACAGGAAGUGGGAACGUACUCUCUGGGCGGGCCAAGAGGACUGUUUUAGUUCUCCGGCGCCCUCCCAUUCAGCCCGUGAGCUCCCAUCGCUGACUAGGUGUUGCCAACGGAAAAAAAUCUUGGAACCAUAUCGAAUAUGGAGAAACACUUACUUAACUUGAAGUUUGCUGCAAAAGAACUUAAUAGAAAUGCCAAGAAAUGUGAUAAAGAAGAAAAGACUGAGAAGGCCAAGAUUAAAAAGGCCAUUCAGAAAGGAAAUACAGAAGUUGCAAGAAUACAUGCUGAAAAUGCAAUCCGUCAGAAAAACCAAGCUAUAAAUUUCUUGAGAAUGAGUGCUAGGGUUGAUGCUGUGGCUGCCAGAGUUCAAUCUGCAGUAACAAUGGGCAAGGUAACAAAGUCAAUGGCAGGUGUAGUUAAAUCUAUGGAUGCUACAUUGAGGAGUAUGAACCUUGAAAAGAUUUCUGCAUUGAUGGACAAAUUUGAACACCAGUUUGAAACUCUGGAUGUUCAAACACAGCAAAUGGAAGAUACAAUGAGUAGCACUACAACCCUAACAACUCCACAAAACCAAGUGGAUAUGCUGCUUCAAGAAAUGGCAGAUGAAGCUGGGCUUGAUCUUAAUAUGGAACUACCACAGGGUCAGAUGGGUUCUGUUGGCACAAGUGUUGCUUCAAUUGAGCAGGAUGAAUUGUCACAGAGACUUGCUCGUCUUCGUGAUCAAGUAUAACUUAAAGAACUGGUGCUUCUAUUUUCUUCACUUGCUGAAGUCUUUGUGUGUAUAUAUAGAUAAGUUGCCCUCCACUUACACUAAAAUCUUUAUAUAGCAGGAUAACUUGGAUUCUAUUUGUAUAUAAUACUUUCUUUUGUCUCGCUGUAAUUUCCAACAUGUUUUUUUCCAGGAAGUUUCCACACGGGAAGAUUUUACAGUUCUGUAUAUUAUGUGUAAAACUGUGAGGGGCAUAUUUUUGUAGAUGUCUUUGACAAAGUUAGCAUUAAUUUAUUGUGUAUUAAACAUCUUCCUCAAAUGUUACAUCAAAAAUAUAGCAUCGAGUGUUUCUAGGUAAAAUGUUUUUUAUAGAAUAAAGUGUAGAAUAAGAGUUUUGGGCUUUUCUUAAUUAUUAGUCAUUUUUAAUCUUCGUAGUGACAAGUGUUUCAUAAACAUAAAAGCAGUGAAAGUGUGUUUACUUAAUAUGUUUUUAUAUGUUUACUUAGCCAGAGGACCUCAUAUAGUGUCACACAAUGAACACUACCGUAUUCUGGGUUUUGUUUUGUAUCCAACCAGAAGCACAGUUGACCUAUAAUCUGUUCUUCAGCUCUUAAACUUUACCAUUAGAUUUUAACCCCAUAAUUUAAUGACUAUUUGAAUUUUUUAAAUGUUUAAAAAUUUCAUUGAUAAUUUUCCUAUCAACUAGUAAAUUGAGCAACAUUAAAUCAAGAAAUUAAGGUUUGCUCAUUUUUAAAUUUUCAGUUUGUUAAAUAUCAUUAAGACUGCCAUUUGUCAAAUAUCAUUGAGUCAUUUGUAGGAAAUGAUUGAUUCUUGAGAUCAUAAUGCUAAGUGAAAUAUAUCAGACAUACAAGCUUAUAUAUCACACAGUUUCUUUCAUGUAAGAAAACCAAAAUGUAAAUAAAGAUAAUAGAAAACAGGAAGGUAGAUAUUCUGUGAAAAAAAGGGAUAAAGAAAUGGGGAAUGGGUGAUGAAAAAAGAAUAUGCAUUUUGUGUAUGUGCCAGAUCCUCACAAGGAAUAAAACAGUUAUGUUCUGAAAACAGGUACUAAAAAAAAGAAAAAAACAUAAUCUGGCUUUUCCUACUUUCAAAUGAAAUUCUAAAGCAUACUUUCAGUGGUUUUCCUAUGUAUACUUACUUCUUGUUAAUAUAUUUCCAAAGUUGACUAAUUCGCAUGAUAUUAAUAUCAUUUACAUAUUUCCAUAUGAUUGUUGAUUAAUUGCUCUUCCAGAAUUUUGGCAAGUGUUUUUAUGCCAACCAGCAAAAUAACUAAAAAUGAAAACAAAAUGAGCCAACUCAAGUUACAACUUUUGUUAAUUCCUGGUUAAAUCUGUUCAUGUUUUCUUUUUAUGCAACUCUGUUACUAAGUGGAAGAAAUAAAGAAGAUGAAAUGUUUUGUUCAA